AAGAAAAGUUAAACAAUGAAUACAAAUUCCUAUGAACAACAGGGUCCCCCAACUGGUCCCGGACAAGGUCCCCCUGGACCACCCGAACGUGCUGGCCAAGAAAACUUACAUGCUUUGCAACGAGCUAUUGACACUAUGGAGGAGAAGGGUUUGCAAGAAGAUCCUCGCUACACCCAACUGCUCGCCAUACGCGCCACCUCUAAACAUCAACAUUUAACUAGCAAUCAGAUCAACAUGUUGAGGACCCAAAUUACAGCUUAUCGUCUAUUGGCACGUAAUAAACCCAUUUCCAUGCAAAUGCAACAAGCAUUUCAACAGGCAGCCCAACAACAACAGCAGCAACAAGGUCCUCCUGGACCUACCAUACCAGGGCAUCCAGGAGUACCCGGACCAGCACCUGGUCCUCCGGGACCCCAACAACCAGGACAAACUGGCACACCACCACAAUGUCCUACACCACCAGCUUCGCCCUAUGGCCAACCACCAGGUGCAGGCAAAAUGCAACCACCACCACAUGUGCAGCAGCAACAACAAAUGCCACCCGGACAAAUAGGGCCAAUAGGUGGUCCUCAAACUGGACCUCCCGGACCUCUACCACAAGAUAUGCAUCAAAUGCCUAAUGGAGGUAAACCACCAGGACCACCCAUGAUGGGAGGAGGACAGCCACCUAUAUCUUCUCCCAUGCCCGCCACCAUGGCAGCCCAAGGUAUACGACCACCCGGCCCGGCAGGCAUGCCACCUCAAGGAGUGCCUAAACCAGGAGCUCCACCACCUCAACAACCCAUGCCUAAACCAAAUCGCAUUACUACCGUAGCAAAACCUCAAGGUUUAGAUCCCAUAGUCUUAUUGCAGGAAAGAGAAAAUCGUAUAGCUUCACGCAUUGCUCUACGAAUGCAAGAACUGCAGCGUUUGCCCGCUACAAUGCCAGAAGAUUUAAGAUUACAAGCCGCUAUAGAACUAAGAGCCCUACGAGUGCUUAACUUUCAACGACAACUAAGAACCGAAAUAGUACAGUGCACUAGACGCGACACUACCCUAGAAACAGCGGUUAAUAUUAAAGCCUAUAAGAGAACUAAAAGACAAGGUUUGCGUGAGGCACGUGCUACCGAAAAACUCGAGAAACAACAGAAAUUGGAGGCGGAACGUAAACGUCGGCAAAAACAUCAAGAAUUUCUUGCCGCCGUCUUACAACAUGGCAAAGAUUUCAAGGAAUACCAUCGUAAUAAUAAGGCACAGUUGGCUAGAAUGAAUAAGGCCAUUAUGAACUAUCAUGCCAAUGCAGAACGUGAACAGAAGAAGGAACAAGAGCGUAUAGAAAAGGAACGUAUGCGUCGUUUGAUGGCCGAGGAUGAAGAGGGUUAUCGUAAGCUUAUCGAUCAAAAGAAAGAUAAACGUUUGGCAUUCCUGCUCUCACAAACCGAUGAAUACAUUAGCAAUCUCACACAGAUGGUGAAGCAGCACAAGGACGAUCAAAUGAAGAAGAAAGAAGAUGAACAGAAACGUUUGCUGCAAUACAAGAAGGAGCUGUUAGUGAGUGGAGAAUACAUAAAUAUUGAUGAUAGUAGUGUAGCGGCUGAUUUGCAUGUCACUGUGAUGGAACAAAGCACUGGCAAGAAAUUGACCGGAGAAGAUGGUCCUGUACUGAAACAUUUACACAGAUGGCUAGAACAACAUCCCGGUUGGGAUUGGGUGGAAGAUGAUGAUAAUGCCGUUAAUGAGGAAGAGAAAAAUCAAGAAGAAAAGGAGAAACAGGAGGGAGAAGAAAAUGCUAAAGAGGGUGAUGAAAAGAAUGAAGAAAAUGCCCUUAUUGAAGAUCCUUCGGCUUUCAUUAAAAAGGUCAAAGUUGAGGAUGAUGAAUAUCGUACCGAGGAGCAAACCUAUUACAGUAUUGCCCAUACUAUACACGAAAAGGUUACCGAACAGGCCAGUAUUAUGGUUAAUGGUAAAUUAAAGGAAUACCAGUUGAAGGGUCUAGAAUGGUUGGUUUCUUUGUACAACAAUAAUUUGAAUGGCAUCUUGGCUGAUGAAAUGGGUCUGGGUAAAACUAUACAAACCAUUUCUUUGGUUACCUAUUUAAUGGAUCGCAAAAAGGUUAUGGGUCCUUUUUUGAUUAUUGUUCCCCUUUCUACUCUACCCAAUUGGGUGUUGGAAUUUGAAAAAUGGGCUCCCUCGGUGGGUGUAGUCAGUUAUAAGGGUUCUCCCCAGGGCCGCCGACUUUUGCAGAAUCAAAUGCGCGCCACUAAAUUCAAUGUUUUGCUCACCACUUAUGAAUACGUUAUUAAAGAUAAAGCGGUAUUGGCCAAAAUACAAUGGAAAUACAUGAUUAUCGAUGAAGGUCAUCGUAUGAAAAAUCAUCAUUGCAAACUGACACAAGUUUUGAAUACUCACUAUAUAGCGCCCUAUCGUUUACUGUUGACCGGUACUCCCUUGCAAAAUAAAUUGCCCGAGUUGUGGGCUCUAUUGAAUUUCUUGUUACCCUCUAUUUUCAAAUCCUGCUCCACCUUCGAGCAAUGGUUUAAUGCUCCCUUUGCCACUACCGGUGAAAAGGUCGAAUUGAAUGAAGAGGAAACCAUUUUGAUUAUUAGACGUUUGCACAAAGUAUUGCGUCCCUUCUUGCUGAGACGUUUGAAGAAAGAAGUCGAACAUCAAUUGCCCGAUAAGGUGGAAUACAUUAUCAAGUGUGACAUGUCCGGUUUGCAAAGAGUUCUCUAUAAACACAUGCAAAGCAAGGGUGUUUUACUAACCGAUGGUUCCGAAAAGGGUAAACAGGGCAAGGGUGGUGCUAAGGCUCUUAUGAACACAAUUGUACAAUUGCGUAAGCUGUGUAAUCAUCCAUUUAUGUUCCAGCAUAUUGAGGAAAAGUUCAGUGAUCAUACCGGUGUUCACGGCAUGGUUUCGGGUCCCGAUCUCUAUCGUGUAUCGGGUAAAUUUGAAUUGCUAGAUCGUAUUUUACCCAAACUUAAGGCCACUAAUCACAGAGUAUUGCUCUUCUGUCAAAUGACACAGUGCAUGACUAUAAUUGAGGAUUAUUUGAGCUGGCGUCAAUUUGGUUACUUACGUUUGGAUGGUACCACCAAGGCUGAAGAUCGUGGUGAACUUUUGCGCAAAUUCAAUGCCAAGGAUUCGGAUUAUUUCGUUUUCUUGCUUUCCACUCGAGCCGGUGGUUUAGGUUUGAAUUUACAAACAGCCGAUACUGUGGUGAUUUUCGAUUCCGAUUGGAAUCCUCAUCAAGAUUUACAAGCUCAGGAUCGUGCCCAUCGUAUUGGUCAGCGUAAUGAGGUGCGUGUCUUGCGUCUUAUGACAGUGAAUUCUGUGGAAGAACGUAUUUUAGCUGCCGCACGUUAUAAGUUGAAUAUGGACGAAAAGGUUAUUCAGGCCGGUAUGUUCGAUCAGAAGUCUACGGGCAGUGAACGUCAACAGUUCUUGCAAACCAUUCUACAUGCUGAUGAUGCCGAUGAGGAAGAAGAAAAUGAGGUGCCUGAUGAUGAAAUGGUCAAUAUGAUGAUUGGCCGUAGUGAAGAGGAAAUUGAGUUGUUUAAAAAGAUGGAUAUUGAGCGUAAGAAAGAGGAUGAACGUUUGCAUCCUGGCAGAGAACGUUUAAUCGAUGAAUCUGAGUUGCCCGAUUGGUUGACCAAGGACGAUGAUGAGGUGGAACGUUGGCAUACUUAUGAGGAGGACAUUAUUUUGGGUCGCGGUUCCCGUCACGCAAAGGAAGGAUACACCGAUAGUCUUACCGAGAAAGAAUAAUUACGAGCCAUUGAUGAUGGCGCCGAAUUUGAUGAUGAAGACGAGGAGGAAGAAGCUAAACGCAAGAGACGUAAACGUAUAAAAUCCGUAAUAGAUGAUUCGGAUGAUGAAUCUCUGGCGGGUCAUUCAAUUAAACGAAGACGUCGUCAAAAUAUCGACAAAAAACUUAAGAAACAAAUGGGUAAAAUAAUGUCGGCUGUCAUAAAAUACACCCACGAAGAUGGUCGCAUUAUAUCGGAACCUUUUAUGAAACUACCCUCCCGACAGCGUCUGCCAGAUUAUUAUGAAAUCAUUAAAAGACCGGUGGAUAUAAAGAAAAUCUUGCAGCGCAUAGAAGAUUGUAAAUAUGCCGACUUGGAUGAUUUACAAAAGGAUUUCGUGCAACUAUGUCAAAAUGCCCAAAUUUACAAUGAGGAGAAUUCUUUAAUUUAUCUAGAUUCCAUAGAGUUGGAGAAAGUGUUUGUGAAUGCCAAACAACGCAUACAAGCACAAGCUUCACAAAAUUCCUCCAUCACCGGUGAAGGUGGCAAUGCAUCGGAUAACUCAGAAAAUGAAGAUAAUUCUGGUCAAGAUAAUUCUGAUGAUGAAGAAAUAGCCUCCACCUCAGCGGCUGCCGUUAAAAUGAAACUUAAACUUAAUAAAACCAUAGCCAGCACACCCACCACUCCCACACCCUCGUCCGCACCCCCAGUAAGUGCUUCGACUAGUAAAAAGCAAACAAGACGCAAACGUUCUCAAAAGAAAUACACCAUAUCGGAUGAUGAUGAUGACGAUAUGGAUUAGCUACCACUCGGAGUGGUAUUCUCUUUGCAAACUCAUCAUGAUUAAAGAAAAAGAAGCUUAAACAUGUUUCUAUAUUUACAUAUUUUAAACAUUGGGUUUUCAGUUUUUCUUGAUUUAGUUGUUAAAUAUUUUUGCUUGUCCCCCCUUUAUUUCAUUUUUAACAUAUUUAUUCUUAAAAUAAUUGGUUUAAAAUUUUAUCCACUCUAUAGAUUUUUGU